UCAGCUUAUAACAGAUGACCUAUUGCUAAUGCACAGUGUGACAGAGUACUACGAACAGAGGGCAUGUGUGAAAGGUACCUUGAUCGUUAGUGAGGCAUGCAUUAUCGCCAAAAAUGCCGCUGGUUGCUAUAAUGCCCCUGGCAUAUGGUCCGAAGCUCAAGUCGCUGCUUGGAAAGAAAUUACGACAGCGGUCCACGACAAAGGGUGUAUCAUCUACUGCCAACUCUGGCACCAAGGCCGCACUGCUUAUCCCGACGUGCUUAAGGCGCAAGGAUACAAACUAUUAUCCUCAAGUGCUGUUCCCACUAGCCCUGCAGACGAAACCCCCGAGGAAAUGACCGAGCAGGAUAUUUUGGACACUAUCAAUGACUACGCAACUGCCGCCAAAAAUGCAAUUGCUGCAGGCUUUGAUGGUGUUGAGAUACAUGGUGCCAACGGAUACCUCCCGGACCAAUUCCUACAAUCGACAUGUAACAAACGUUCAGAUAGCUGGGGCGGAAGUAUCGAAAACCGGUCACGUUUCCAUAUCGAGGUCACCAAAGCAGUGAUAGCUGCCAUCGGUGCCAACAAGACAGCGAUGCGUCUCAGUCCAUAUAGCGAUUUCAACGGCAUGCUCAUGGACGAACCCGAACCAACCUUCGAAUAUCUCCUCGACCAACUGAAACCACUUGGUCUAUCUUUUCUCCAUCUAAUCGAAGCUCGUAUCAAGGGCAAUGAUGAUGCUGAGUGUGGUGGACAAAAGAACGUAGCAUGGAUGAUCAAGCAGUGGAAGAACGCCAGUCCUGUGGUAUUGGCUGGCGGAUUCAAGCCCCUAUCGGCGAAACAAGCGGUCGACGAAACUUUUUCUGAGUACGAUGUCGUGAUUGCGUUUGGCAGGUACUUUGUAUCAAAUCCGGAUCUCGUAUAUCGAGUCAAAGAGGAUGUGCCUCUGACCGGGUACGAUCGUUCGGUGUUCUAUACUCCAAAACUACCCAAAGGUUAUAUCGACUACCCUCACAGUCAACAAUACCUACAAGCAGCAGCAUAA